UCCUCAGCUGAUGUUGUCAAAACUCAUACGUCAAAUUUUAUUUCGUUAACAGUAAAUGUAUCUUUCGGACGCGUAUUCCGCGUAAAUAUUUAAAAUUUUCUUAUAAUUACGAAGAGUUGUUCAUGGCUAUCAAACAUUAACAGCAAAAUUAUUUAUUGCCGUGUAAGAACCUACGUUGUUCGUAAACUUUUAAGUGGUACAUCGUAGUGACAUAAUUUUGGUGUUGUGAUGUAGAAAGUUUAAGCAUUUGCAUUAAAUCAGCGGUGAAAGUUUGUUGCGUGCUCAAUGAAGAAAUGACCACGGAUCAUCCUCCUAACCUAAAUAAAUUCCACACCUUAAUUUAUUGAUAUUUCAUUAAAUACAGCGCAUUUUACAAAACCUCAGCCAUGGCUCUGAAGAUGGAACAGAAAAAUGAUUUUGAGUUCAUUAUGAAAAGUCUGUUGGCCGGUGGUGUUGCUGGCAUGUGCGCUAAGACGGCUGUAGCACCUUUAGACCGUAUAAAGAUACUGCUGCAAGCCCAGUCGGUGCACUACAAGCAUCAUGGAGUGUUUGGGGGGCUCAUGGCCAUCGUCAAACAGGAGUCCCUCAUCGCCCUAUACAAGGGCAACGGGGCUCAGAUGGUGCGGAUAUUCCCGUAUGCUGCCACACAGUUUACCAGCUUUGAGAUAUACAAAAAGUACCUAAACGGCCUCAGCAUACCCAUGAUCCAACAUGGUGACAAGUUCGUCGCCGGCGCGGGGGCAGGUGUCACCGCGGUGACACUAACUUACCCGCUUGACACUAUCAGGGCGCGGUUGGCGUUCCAAGUGACGGGGGAACAUAGAUACACCGGGAUCUCGCAUGCAGCUGUCACUAUAUUUAAGACUGAGGGUGGUAUGCGGGCACUGUACCGGGGGUUCGUGCCGACUCUGGUGGGGAUGGUGCCGUACGCCGGGUUCAGCUUCUACUGUUUCGAGUCGCUAAAGUAUUUCUGUAUGAAGUACAUGCCGACCACGCUGUGUAGGAAGUGCGAGAGGAACACAGGCGGCCUCGUCCUGACCGUCCCGGGUAAGCUGUUGUGCGGCGGCCUGGCGGGCGCGGUGGCGCAGUCGGUGUCCUACCCGCUCGACGUGACGCGUCGCCGCAUGCAGCUCGCCACCAUGGACCCCGCCACGGCUAAGUUUGGCGUCGGCAUGGUCCAAACCCUAACCCACAUAUACCGUGACAACGGAGUCAUGAAAGGCCUUUACCGCGGCAUGACGGUCAACUACCUGCGAGCUAUACCCAUGGUGGCCACCUCCUUCUCCACAUACGAGCUCAUGAAGCAGCUGCUCAACCUGGACACCGGCAUGAAGGUUUCAUAGUGAUAGACAGAGAUGGCAAGAGAGGGAAAGAGAUAGAAUAGUGAAAUCUUAAGCAUUCGUUUUGGAAACAAAAGAGAAUAUUUUUGACGUUUGGCGUUUUAUAUAAAGUUGUCCAAGUUUUGGAGUCCAAAAUUGAUAUUUUUAACAAUCCAAAAAGGAUCUUAUUUAUGUGCAGUAAAGUAGUAAGUAAUGCCAACGUCGUAAAUUUGGACUCCAGCUAUAUAUAUGAGGACACAACAGCAUUUUCGCGCUCUCUCUUUGCAAUAAGUCCUUAAUAUCUAAACACACUAAGCUGAAAAUACGCGGCCGAAGUUCGGCAUGAUUACGCCAGCAAUGUAUU